AUGACAGUUGAUAAAAAAGAAUUCUUAUUGAUUGGUCCCGGGGGGAUUGGAUGUAUGGGUGCAUUCACCAUUGAUUAUAACAAAAAGGUUAACUGUUCUAUUGUUGUUAGAAGGGAUUAUGAGAAGGUUAAAGAGAAUGGUUAUACCAUUGACUCAAUUGAUUACGGGAAAAUCGAUAACUGGAAACCAAGCAAUGUAUUUGCCAAUGUGGAAGCGGCAGCUAAUUCUGGUCUUAAGUUUGAUUAUGUUGCUGUGGCUACCAAGAACAUUUCUGAUAUUGUAAAAGUAGAAGAAUUGAUUGAGCCCAUUAUUUCGGAAAACACUGUUAUUAUUUUGAUUCAAAAUGGUUUUGGUAUUGACAGACCUAUCAUUAAGAAAUUCCCAAAAAAUGUCUGUUUGUCAGGGGUGUCUCAUAUGGGAUCUCAUAACGAUAAGGGACACAUUCACCAUAUUCAACAUGAUAAAUUGGUAAUCAGUCCUUUCGAAAACCCUAACUUGCCUACUGAUGUUCAAGUUCAAGCUGCCAAGGAUUUUAUUGACAUAUAUGCAAAUGAUAAAGUCACUUGUAUUUACUUCGAAAGUGCUAAAUGGUACAGAUAUAGGAAAUUGGUCUACAAUGCUACCUUAAAUACUACUUGUGCAUUGACAGGUGUUGAUACAGGAAGACUUGACGCAUGUGGUGGUCUAGAAAGUAUUGCUGUCCCUGCAAUGAAAGAGGUGGUUGCAGUUGCUUCUGCCGAUGGUAUUACCUUACCAGAAGAUGUGGUCAAUUUAAUCUGUCAUGGAGAUGAUGGUGAUUACUUCGAACCUUCUAUGUUGGUUGAUGUUAAGAAAGGUAAUCCAAUUGAGUUAGAAGCCAUUCUUGGUAGUUUGUUAGAUACUGCGGAAGAGUUAAAAGUUCCUACACCAACUUUAAGUUUACUCUAUAAGUUAUUACAAGUGGUUCAAUUUAGACUCAAAGAAGCCAAUGGUUAUGUCAAACUUCCUGAAAAAAGACCAAUUUCUGAUAAAUUUUAUAGUUAA